AUGAAGCCUUUCGCCAUCACCACGGCGCUCUUUAGCUUCAUAUCUGUCGCACUCGCUGGCGCAACUACAGACUCCAAGACAUCAAAGGUCAUCCUGCCCGUCGAUUUUAAGCCUCCACAGGUUUUCAAGAACGCCAAUUUGGUGCACGUCAUCUCUCUAGAGAAGACCUACGUAAAGGAACAGAUCAAUGUCCUCAUCGAGAACGUUGCAAAGGAGCCACAGACAGAGUACUAUGUGCCAUUUACUGCCGAACAGCUUCCUCGUAUAGGAGGUUUCGAGGUUAAGGAUCGUAAGGAUGCGAACGCCGGACCGUUCGUGGCCGAGACUGUCGAGUACGAUUCUCUCAGUGAUGUUCAGUACUAUCGUAUCCGACUGCCCACGCCGCUCAAGCCUGGUGCUCAACAAACGCUCGGAAUCACCUACUAUUACCUGAAAGCCUACACUCCUCUCCCCGCGGCCGUUUCCCAGGACGAUGACCAAUACCUGAGCUUCAACUUUUCCGUUUAUGCACCAUCUGCCUACAUCACGAAGAAGCAGAAGACCGAGCUUAAGGCUGCUUCGGCCGACGUCCCCGAUUAUACAAAGCUUCCAGGCAGUGGCGAGGUCAAGGAGUUUCCUGUAAAGCAGGGCACCAAGCUCAUCUAUGGUCCCUUCGAUGAAAAGCCCGCCGGUGCUGUCUCCCCUGCAAACGUUCGCUUUCAGUUUACCAAACCGGUUAUUCACGUCAAGGAGCUGGACCGUCUGAUUGAAGUCAGCCACUGGGGCGGCAACAUCGCCUUCGAGGAGCACUACGAGAUGUAUCACGGCGGUGCCAACCUUUCUGACAACUUCGAUCGAAUCAAAUAUUCUCAGCAUUCGUUGUACCGUCAGCAUGGGGUUGCGGGAGUUCGUCCUUCGCAUUACCUCGACCAGUUGCGAAUUCCUCUUCCUGGCGGAAGCGUGGACGCCUAUUAUACGGAUGUGAUCGGCAACGUCACGACGUCUACUUGGCGAACCGACAGCCGAGACGCUCUUUUUGUUCUAAAGCCGCGAUACCCUCUUUUUGGUGGAUGGAGGUACCCUUUCACUAUUGGAUGGAACUCCGAUGCUUCCAACUUCCUGCGAAAAACCGCCGCUGGUAGUUUCGUACUUCGAAUUCCUUUCCUCGAAGGCCCCAAGCAGCCAGAAGGCGUUGAAUAUGAGCACAUCAACGUCAAUAUUCUCCUUCCAGAAGGCGCCGAGAACGUCAAGUUUCACACCAACAUUCCCGAAUCAUCGAUCGUAUCUACCUCGGUUGAUCUGACCAGAACCUACCUCGAUACUGUCGGCAGAACAGCUGUCAGCAUUAAGGCGCGAAACCUGGUCGACGAAUUCCGAGACCGCCAACUCAUCAUCUCUUACGAUGCGCCUCUCUCGAGCGCUCUUCGAAAACCUUUGGUCAUCUUUGCCAGUGCCAUGGUAGUUUUUGUCACUACCUGGGCAUUGGGCCAGGUGCAAGUGGGAUUUAAGCCCAAGAAAUAG